GUGAAGUGCCCCAACAUUGGCUCACCCCAGACCACGCCAAUGAGCCAGGAACCACCAUGUAACUUAUUUAUUCCUUGCUAUUGUUGCAGCCUGCGGAAAAGUUCGUGACUUGGGGACAAUGGACGGUGCAGUGCUACUUGCGUUUGCCGCGUCCAUCGGUAACAUGCUUCAAGGCUGGGACAAUGCAAGUAUUGCAGGUGCUAUGUUUUACAUAAAAGAGGAAUUUAACCUGGAUAGCAUGCCGAUGGUCGAGGGUUGUAUUAUGGCAAUGGCACUUUUUGGUGCCACAGUAAUCACAACACUCUCUGGAUUGUUAUCCGACAAAUUUGGCAGGUGGGCAAUGCUACUUACCUCGGCAGUAUUGUCCCUUGUUAGUGCAUUGUUGGUCAUAUUUUGGUCUCAGCAUGUGUACAUGCUGCUCUUCGCGAGGCUUAUUCAGGGAUUUAGUAUUGGUUUGGCAGUCACUCUUGUACCAUUGUAUAUCGCUGAGACUGCCCCUUCUGAUAUAAGAGGGAAAUUAAGCACGUUUCCCCAAUUGAGUGGUUCAGCUGGUAUGUUCUUAUCAUACUGCAUGGUGUUUUGGAUGUCUAUGCUGCCAAAUAUUAGUUGGAGAUUCAUGCUUGGGAUACAAUUGAUACCUUCAGUUAUAUACUCCUUAUUGGUUAUCUUCUAUCUACCGGAGACACCAAGCUGGCUUGUGAGCCAAGGGAGGGUGUAUGAAGCGAAGAAAGUUUUGCAAAGACUAAGAAAAGAAGAAGAUGUCUCAGGUGAAAUGGCUAGUCUUUUGGAGGGCACGAGAGUUGGUCAUCAGGCUCCAUCCAUGGAGGAGUACCUAAUUGGCACAAAUGAAAAAUUGUUAAAUAAUAAAUUGGUACCCGCUGAAGAAAUGAUAAAAUUAUAUGGACUCCCAGAAGAAGUGCAUUGUGUUGCCUAUCCACUUAAGAGACAAAACACAGAAGAUAUAGUCAUUGGUCAUUCUACCAGUCAUGGAGCAUCAUUCUAUGAUCCGAUUGUCAGCAUUACUAGGUCCUUUCACGAGAGUUUCAUUGAGGAUGCACACAACAUAUUCAACGAAGUAAAAGAACAUGGUCCAGUUGAAAGGGAUGAGGAGAAUCAGGACGAUCCCAAAGAGCAUGAUCUGGAACACCAGAGAGAUGAUGUGGACGAUGUUGGUGAGAAUGACCAACUUAUUCAGUCAAAACCCAAAAUAAAUGGUUUGCUAGCAGGCGGCAAAAGUGGUUACAUUGGUGGGAGGUGGAAAUUGGCUUGGAAAACGUCAUCAGAAUACUGUUUGGAUGGGCAUAUGGAUAGCGGCAUGGAACGAUUAUAUCUACAUGAAGAAGGUGUACCAAUAUCUGAAAAUGUCUUGUUAAUAGAUGUUCCAGCAAGUGGGGAUUUGAUAAAAGCAACUGCAUUGGUCAACAAAUCUGUUUUUCAUAAGGACCAGACUGGAAAUAACAAUAUUGAUUUAUGUUCACACGAGAAAGGUUUGAAAAGUACAAAAUGGAAUGAUCUAUUGGAGCCUGGUGUAAAACGUGCAUUAGUCUUGGGUGUUGGGAUACAAAUACUCCAACAGUUUGCUGGUAUCAAUGGUAUUCUCUAUUACACCCCUCAGAUACUUGAGCAAGCUGGUGUUGGAGUUCUUCUAUCAAAGUUUGGCAUUAACCCUUCUUCUGUGUCUAUUUUGAUGAGCGCCAUUACAACUUUGUUAAUGCUUCCCUUUAUAUGCAUUGCCAUGUGGCUUAUGGAUCGCAAAGGAAGAAGACGGCUACUUAUUGUCACAAUACCCAUCUUGGUAGUGUCACUCAUUGUUUUGGUUACUGUCAACAUCGUGAAAUUGAGUGCUGAAUUGCAUGCAUUGCUCUCAACAAUGAGUGUUGGCAUCUACUUUUGCGUCUUUGUCAUGGGAUUUGGUCCAAUUCCUAAUAUUUUCUGCUCAGAGAUUUUCCCCAACAAAGUCCGUGCCAUAUGCUUGGGCUUAUGCAGCCUAACCUUUUGGAUCUGUGACAUCAUUGUCACAUACACCCUCCCUGUAUUGUUGAGGUGCAUCGGUCUUGCAGGUGUUUUCGGAAUUUAUGCCAUCGUUUGUGUAUUGGCAUUUGUAUUUGUAUGCUUCAAGAUGCCGGAAACAAAAGGUGUACCUAUUGAGGUUAUGGCGGAGCUCUUCGCAUUCGAUGCAUCACAUCCAAGUCAGCAAAAAGAAAAUGUAUAUUCUCAAGAAGAAGAUUUGUAAGAACAAUGAGGAUACUUAGGAUUUUCUUAUUGUUUGAUGUAUCACCACUCUUGCUGGAACAUGAA